AUGGCAACAACAUUAGAUGUUCAACAUGAAAAAGCAUAUCAGAAACAAGAAGGAGCAUGCUUUUUUAAUUCCAAAAAAAUAAAAAAGGGAUCAAAAAGUUACACAAGAUAUUGGAAAAAAAUAGGGUUAGGCUUUGCUACCCCUAAAGAAGCAAAAGAAGGAGUUUAUGUUGAUAAAAAAUGUCCAUUUACAGGGAAUGUAUCAAUUAGAGGAAGAAUAUUAAAAGGUAUGGUAGUUUCAAAUAAGAUGAAAAGAACAAUAAUUAUUAGAAGAAAUUAUUUACAUUAUGUAAAAAAAUAUAAUAGAUUUGAAAAAAGACACAAAAAUAUUCCAUGUCACUGCUCCCCUUGUUUUGAUGUGAAAGAAGGAGAUAUAGUAACUGUUGGACAAUGCAGACCAUUAUCAAAAACAGUAAGAUUCAAUGUAUUGAAAGUGGAAAAACAUCAAAUAUUCGGAAGCGCAAAAAAACAGUUUGUUUUAUUUUAA